AUGGCCUCCUCUUCCCUGCCGCAGUCGAUGCCCGCCAUCCAGAUUGCUAAGACUGGCGACCCCUCCGUGCUUACUCUUAACACGGCUCCCGUCCCCGCUGUCCCCGAAGGCCAUGUCCUCGUGCGCAACGCCUACGCCGGCAUCAACUACAUUGACACGUACUUCCGCACGGGUCUUUACCCCAUCCCUGGCAAUGAUUUCCCCCACACUCUAGGACGAGAAGGCGCCGGCACAAUCGCUGCGGCACACCCCUCGGUGGCCUCCAAGUUUCCCAACGGCACCCGUGUCGUCUACAUGGGAUCCGUCGGUGCCUACGCAAGCUACUCUGCCGUGCCCGCCGCCCUGGUCGUCGCCAUCCCUGACAACCUGACCCUCGACGUCGCCGCUGCCGCCUGGCUGCAGGGGCUCACUGCAUGGACCUUUGUGCGAGAGGCGGGCGAGGUCAAGUCUGGCGAGUGGGCUCUCGUUCACGCCGCGGCUGGCGGUGUUGGUGGACUGCUCGUGCAGAUGCUCAAGGCCGUCGGUGCUCGCGUCAUCGCUACGGCGAGCUCAGAGGAGAAGCUCGCUGCUGCGCACGCCAAGGGAGCCGAGUUUGGCGUCAACUCGAAGAGCGAUAACCUUGUCGAAGAGGUGAAGAAGAUCACAGGUGGCCAUGGUGUCGAUGUCGUGUUUGACGGCGUUGGCAAGACAACCUUUGACGGUGACGUCGAGAUGGCGGCGCGCAAGGGACGACUGGUCAUCUUUGGAAAUGCUUCUGGCGCCGUGGACCCCGUCAACAUCCUCCGUCUCGGUGGCAAGAACCUCAAACUCAUGAGACCUGUCGUCAACGGCUACCUAGCCGAGCGCGAGGAGCUGGAAAAGGUCGAGGUGCCAGUGUACAAGACAUAUCCUCUGGCAGACGCGUCCCAGGCCCACAUUGACCUCGAGUCAAGGAAGACAUCCGGCAAAUUGCUGCUCAAGAUAGAUUGA